CUUCAUCACUUGCAACUUCUCAACUCUCCACCCUCCUCUCCACAUCUCUCUAAAGAGCUUUCCGUUUCAGUGCCUUUUAAGCUUCAUUUCAAGCCUCCAUUACUCUUUAUCUCCCAGUCUUUAAAAACCAACCUGAAGCUCGUAUCAAAACACAGCUUUCUUAGCCCUUCAAAAAAAAAAAAAAAGAUAUAUACACACACAUACAUCAAUAAAUAAAAACCAAAAAACAAAAAAAAAAAAACAUAAGAGUUCGUUUCUUAAUUAUCUUCUCUACAUUUGUCAGCUACUCAUCACAAAAAUGUCCCAAGAUUUCGUCUUUGAGUGUUUUUCUUUCCUUUCUCGAACUGGGUCUUCUCCAUUUUUCAGUUUUGAGGUUGUUUUGUGUCUUUUUCUCUUCGUUUCCAUUUUCUCUUUCUGGUUAGCUCCUGGUGGUCUUGCUUGGGUUCUAUACAAAACCAAGUUUAAUGUUCAAUCCAAAACCGCCAUUCCUGGUCCUUCUGGUCUGCCUGUUCUUGGCAUGGUCUUUGCUUUUACUGGUUCUUUAACUCAUAGAGUUCUUGCCAAGACUUGUAAUCUUGUGAAGGCAAAACCUUUAAUGGCGUUCUCUAUUGGGUUCACUCGUUUCAUUAUCUCUAGCCAUCCUGAAACAGCUAAAGAGAUUUUGAACAGUUCAGCUUUUGCUGAUAGACCUGUUAAAGAGUCUGCUUAUGAGCUUUUAUUCCAUAGAGCAAUGGGUUUUGCACCUUUUGGAGAAUAUUGGAGAAAUCUAAGGAGAAUCUCAUCGACCCAUUUGUUUAGCCCUAAAAGAAUUUCUUCUUUUGGGGAAUUUAGGACUCAAAUAGGUCGAAAAAUGGUGGAUGAAAUUAAGGGUUUAGUGGAAAAAAAUGGUGAAGUUGAAAUUAGGAGGAUAUUGCACUUUGGGUCACUAAAUAAUGUUAUGAAAAGUGUGUUUGGUAAAAGUUACGAGUUCAGUGAUGCAAAAGAUGUUGAGGGUUCUGAACUUGAGGGUUUAGUAACUGAAGGUUAUGAAUUGUUAGGGAUUUUUAAUUGGAGUGACCAUUUUCCUUUCUUUGGUUGGUUGGAUUUGCAAGGAGUGAAAAAGAGAUGUAGAAAUUUGGUUGCUAAAGUGAAUGUUUUUGUUGGGAAGGUAGUAGAGGAGCAUAGGAUCAUGAGAAGGCAAGAUAGAAAUCAUGAAGCCAAUGAAAACGGUGAUUUUGUUGAUGUUUUGCUUGAUUUAGAGGAAGAGAACAAGCUCAAUGACUCUGAUAUGAUUGCUGUCUUAUGGGAAAUGAUCUUUAGAGGUACUGAUACAGUGGCAAUACUCUUGGAAUGGAUUCUUGCAAGAAUGGUAAUACAUCAGGAAAUACAAUCAAAAGCUCAAUCUGAAAUUGACCAAGUCGUUGGCUUGAACCGAUUAGUCUCCGAUUCAGACCUGCCUAACCUGCCUUACCUUCGAGGCAUUGUCAAAGAAACCUUAAGAAUGCAUCCACCAGGUCCUCUUCUUUCUUGGGCAAGGCUAGCCAUCCAUGACACUCAAAUAGGCCACUAUUUUAUACCUGCAGGCACUACUGCCAUGGUGAACAUGUGGUCAAUAACUCACGAUGAGCAGUUCUGGUCAGAACCUGAGAAAUUUAAGCCGGAAAGGUUUCUAGAGGAAGACGUAGCAAUCAUGGGAUCUGAUUUAAAGUUGGCUCCUUUUGGUUCAGGAAGAAGGGUUUGUCCUGGUAAGGCUAUGGGUUUAGCUACUGUCGAGCUUUGGCUUGCUCAGCUUCUUCAAAGCUUCAAAUGGGUAACUACUAAUAAUGGAGAAGUGGAUUUAUCUGAGAAACUGAAGCUUUCUUUGGAGAUGAAAAACCCUUUGGUAUGCAAAGCACUUUCUAGGGCUUCUGCUUGAUAUUCAAUAUCAUCAAUAAAGUUUGGCUUGGCUUGGAGUGGAUCUUGGAUUGGUGUUGCUGCUUAUUAUCUCCUUUCUUGAUUUUGGAGUCAACUUACUCUAUACGGGGAGAUGAUAAAAAUUAAAAUAAUUUUAUGAAGUUUAGUAUGGUUUGUGGGAUUAAUUAAGUUAGAUUUUUUUAGGUAAUUUCUAGUAUUUCAGGGUUUGGUGUUUUUGUGUAAAAAAAAACAAAAUCAUGGUUGUUUAAUACCUUAUAUAUAUUAGGUUUUGAUUAAUGUUUAAUACCUUAUAAUUAAGCAUGAAAGCUUCCUUGCACUUGUGUAAUCAAGUUUGAUAUAUAUUUGAAUGCAAUAUUAGUUUGUUUUGUGUUAUA